AUGAUACUGUGUGACUACCCGACGGACCCUAUCAAAACCCUUAUCGACUCUGGCGCCACUUCCAAUUUCAUAUCCCCCGCAUUAGUAGAAAAACUCAAAAUCCCAAAAACCCUACUCGAAAAUCCACGAGUAGUGAGGAUGUUAGAUGGUACAAUAUCUCAGACUGGUCGCAUUUGGCACCAGGUUCAACUCGCGGUCUCGGCCAAUGGCCAUUUCCACCACAUUCCCUUCCUUGUUUGCCCCAUAGGCAACACCCCGGCUAUCCUCGGCAUGACAUGGCUCACAGCAGAAUCCCCCUUGAUUGACUGGCAACAGGGACUUGUCACGUUUCCAGAACAGGUCCAAAUAGCAUCCGAAGAGGAGGCGGAUAUUAAUCCUUUAGCAGACCUUCCCCCUCAAUAUCAUGAGUUUGCUAAAGUCUUUGGCAAAGAAGAAUUCAAGGUUCUCCCUCCUCACAGGGAGUAUGACAUCUCCAUAGACCUUGUCCCAGAUGCCAAACUAUCCCCUGGUCCCAUAUACGGAAUGACUGAUGCAGAAUCCAAGGCACUGAAACAACACAUUGAUGAGGAAUUGGCAACAGGCAAGAUCCGCCCUAGUACCUCAUCCGCCGGCGCCCCAGUCAUGUUUGUUAAAAAGGCGGAUGGAUCCCUCAGGCUAGUGGUAGAUUAUAGGAAGCUGAACAACGUGACCCACAAAAACGUGUACCCACUUCCCCGGCAAGAUGAUCUCAUGGCAAAACUCAGGCACGCUAAGAUCUUCACUAAACUGGACUUGCGCUGGGGCUACAACAACGUACGCAUCAAGGAAGGAGAUGAAUGGAAGACGGCCUUCAGAACCAAAUACGGUCUCUUCAAAUACCUAGUCAUGCCGUUUGGUCUCACCAAUGCCCCUGCAGCGUUCCAGCACUUCAUGAAUGAUCUAUUCAGGGACCUCAUUGACGUCACCAUGAUCAUUUACUUAGAUGAUAUACUGAUCUUCUCCGAAGACCCCAAGAACCACCCAGCCCAUGUGAGGGAAGUUCUGUCAAGGUUAAUGAAAAAUCAACUGUUCUGCAAAUUGUCAAAGUGCCACUUCCACGUCACCACGGUUGACUACCUGGGUAUUGUCAUAUCUCCUGCAGGCUUCUCAAUGGAUCAAAAGAAGAUUGAGGCCGUCACAACCUGGCCUCAGCCCAAAACAGUCAAGCAGGUCCAAGCCUUCCUAGGGUUUGUUAACUACCUUAGGCGCUUCAUCCCCAACUUCAGUUUGGUAGCACGCCCUCUUCACAAUCUUACAAGGAAGGAAACCCCUUGGUCAUGGGAAACCUCAGAGGAAGCCGCGUUCAAAGAAUUAAAGGCAUUGGUCACGCAAUCCCCAGUCCUAAUCCAUUCCAACCCAGCGCUACCUUAUUACCUGGAAACAGAUGCAUCAGGGGUAGCAAUGGGGGCAAUACUCAGCCAACGAGGACCAGACAACCGAUUACACCCCAUUGCUUACAUGUCCAAGUCAUUCUCAGGAGCAGAAGCUAAUUACGACACGCACGAUAAGGAGCUCCUGGCUAUCAUUAAAGCACUAGAGGAAUGGAGGAUAUUCUUGGAAGCAACGGACAAACCGGUACAAGUCUUCACGGAUCAUAGGAAUCUGGAGUAUUGGAUGCAGGCACGGACAUUCAACCGCAGGCAUGCCCAAUGGCGUGUACUCUUGAGCGAUUUCAACUUUGAAAUCCACUAUUGCCCAGGAAAGCAAUCAGGGAAGCCGGACGCGUUGUCCAGAAGAUCAGAUUACGUAGACACGCCCCCAGAGCCAGAAGUCAUGUUACCAGCAGAAGUCUUUGCCAAUACCUCUGAGGAAGAAGUCAAAAUUGUCACAGAAAUUCGCUCCAGACUCAGGGAGGACCCAUCCUUGGAACCCAUCAUCCAGUUUCUAACAGAGGACGCGGACAAUGCACCUCCCUCCAUUCGGAAAGCUUACAGAGACUACGACUGGGAGGAAGACCUACUAUGGUAUCAAGGGAAACUCGUGGUUCCAGACUCAGAGACCCUGAAGGAACGAUUACUCAGGGAAUUCCAUGACUCCCCCCUAGCCGGCCAUCUGGGCCAACAAAGGACCCUUGAACUUCUAAGCCGCAACUACUGGUGGCCAGGCAUGAAAUCAUCCGCCAAAGAAUGGGUAGAAUGUUGCCCCACCUGCCAGGCUAAUCAACGAGCCCACGCCCCGGUCAUUGCCCUUAAACCUCUGGAAGUUCCCCCCUAUCCGUUUCACACCAUCUCCUAUGACUUCAUCACAGGUUUUCCAAAAUCUAACGGUCACAACGCAGUCUUGGUAGUCAUUGACUCCUUUUCCAAAUUUGGGCAUUUUAUCCCAACCACCAAGAAGGUUACGUCCAAGGGUCUAGCGGAAUUGUUCAUCUCUCAUGUGUGGAAACUACAUGGACUACCAGUCAAGACAAUAUCAGACAGAGGAACCACGUUCACAGGGAAGUUCCUAAGGGCACUCUACCAACGCCUUGGUGUAAGACCAUCCUUCUCGUCAGCCUACCACCCGGAGUCAGACGGUCAAACAGAGAGGGUGAACCAGUUCAUUGAGUUCUACCUGAGAUCGUACGUUGCGGCAGAUCACUUGGACUGGGCUUCCUGGUUGCCACUAGCGGAAUACGCAUAUAACAACGCUAAGCACUCCGCCACCGGGAAAACCCCAUUUGAAUUGGUAUACGGGAGAAAUCCAGUAAUGAACCCAUCCAACGUCCCUGCAAAUGUACCAGAAGCCAAUCACGUGGCUAACACCUUGGCACAAGAAUGGAGAGAAGCGGAAUCCGCCCUGAGGAUGACAAAGGAAAAAAUGGCAGGAACCAAGGGAGUGAUCCCGGAAUAUUUCAUUGGAGAGGAAGUCUGGCUAGACGCCAAGAACGUGGAGAUACGUUCCAACUCCAACAAAUUGGACCCCAAGCGCCUAGGACCCUUCAAGAUCACCAAGAAAAUCUCCAGCCACGCGUACCGCCUGGAACUCCCUGAGACCAUGAAAAUCCAUGACGUAUUCUAUGUAGGAUUACUGUCCAAAGUCCACAAAUCCCCAAGCCAACCACUCCCAGACCAACCCCCUCCUGAAACAAUAGAAGGGGAAGAAGAGUAUGAAGUUGAACAAAUCAUUGACUCUAAACAACAAAAAGGGAAAUGGUUUUAUUUGAUAAAAUGGAAGGGAUACGGUCCGGAAGACAAUUUGUGGGAACCGGAGGAACUGCUGGAACACAGUCAGGAAGAGAUCAAACGCUUCAACCAAGCUAGACUCAGAAAGGCUCGUGACGCCGCCAAGAGCCUUUAA